AAUCUUACUUUCGAACUGUUCACAUCAUUCGGCUGAACAAAAUUUUGUGCAUAAAAGCAAAAACAAAAAUUAUCCCAAAAAAAAAUUUUAUUUAAAAUAAUUUUUGUAACGAAAUUCUAGAAAAAAAAACCUUCGUGCGGCACCAAAAUGGCAAACUUCUCAUUCUGGAACGGACAGCCCGUGAACGCACCCCUGUACCCUCAAGUGGGAGACCUGAUGCAGCCGAAUGCAUCUUGCUACAGCGGUGGACAGUGGCCCUCUAGUGGCCACUCGCAGGCGGCUCCCAUUCAGACGCACACCCAGGCCCCGCCUGCCGUCCCGGCCCAGACCCAGGCCCCGAAUCAUGUGAGUUCCAUGAACCUUUGCGGAGGAGGAGGCAUGCAGCCGCAGCCGCAGCAGCAGCAGUAUCCUGGUAUGGGAGGAGCUUCAAUGGCGGGGCAGAAUUCCAUGCCCAUGCAGAGUAUGAUGGGCAUGGGAGACUACAGCUCCAUGAGCUCCCCUCUCACCUGUCCGGUGCCGAACACUUUCUUUGCUCAGAGCCAGGCCCAGGGAUCGUACGAGCCGUGCAUCGAGAACGGUGAAGCCUUCUGUGCCUACAACGGGAUGGAUAUGGGCAUGAGCUACGGCGGUGGCAUGCAGGGACAGGGCGGCGGCAAAGGUGGCUUCUGGUAGACGCCCCCCCCCCACCCCAAAAAAAGGAUGCUGCACGAUAGCAGUACCACCAAAUUGUAAAGAAAAUCAAAUAAAAAGUUAUAAAAAGUAUCAAUCAAUUAA